CUCUUCUACCAGCAGCCCCACCUGGUGUUCGACUGGCGACACCAGGGUCGCCCUCACGCACACACGUCUGUGCCCUUCUACAAGUUCCGCCUCCCUGCGGCCAGCAACCGGACGGACGCUCAGGUCACUGUACGCAUCCGUUCCCCCGUUUCUCGACUGGUCUUGAAAGAAACUCUGAAGAGCACAGACUGUGACCGGCCCUGGGUCAGGACCCGGGUUGGCCGGAGGGACGUCGAUGGCGUCCAAGUUGACUUUGAGAUCGUGCGCUGGAAUGGUAUACGAUCUCGGCCAACGAAGCACUUGGAGGUCUUUUACCAGGUCGCUGUGGGACGCCCGCGACGCUUUUCCGACAACAUCGCUGUCCCUGGGAACAACACUGCGUUUCGAUGGCGUCGCCGAUUCCGUCCGGAUGAUCGGGUUAUCUUGGUGACGGCGCGUACAUCUCCGCCGGCCCACGGUGUCUUGGUCGUCGGCCGAGGAACGCCGCUCCCCACCACCAUCAGCAUCGCCGGAUCGUCGGUCGUCACUUCUUGCGGGCUCUCGGCGACCGAUUCGUGGGAGGCCGUGCGGCGCGAUCGAGCACGUAAUCCUGUCGGAUUCCUCUACCGAUGGACUCUGGGAAGCGGACGGCCAUCGCCCAUCUCCGGCUUCGAUCGGUUUUCGGCGGCGACGCUGGGUGCCGGAACGCACACACUGACCGUGACUGCGAUGCCUGGCUAUGGGACUCCCGGUGACUUACGACGACAGCUGCAUAGCUCGCGGAACAUCACCGUGCUGCGCUGUGUCCGGAUCUCUGAAUUCUCGGCGGUCCCCGUGGCCCUCGGCGGAGACGCAACCUUCAAGGUAUCAGUUACCGGAACACCUCCGGUCUACAUCCGUGCGGUCUUCGACGACGGUUCGCAGCGGAGGUGGACCAUCUUCCACGACCCUUGGACCUUCAGAUUCGAUCGGCGCUACACCGAGACCGGGAGCAAGCACGCCUCGCUGAAGGCGUCCAACGCGGCCAGUUGGACCUCCGCGUCCGCGGUUGUGGUCGUCCAAGAACCCGUGUCUGGUCUGAACGUCCGACUGCUGUCUCCGACGUCGCCGGUGCCGCUGCUCCGGGAGGUCGUGGUCGAGGCUACUGUGGAGUCCGGCACGGGCCUGAAAUUCCGCUGGGACUUCGGCGAGGGGGAAAUGCACGAGCAGGACACGCAGGUCCAGAGUCGUGGCCGCACCAGCGUGGCUCGUCACGUCUACGGCAUCGCAAGCACGUACAGCGUCACCGUGUCCGUGUCAAACGUGCUGUCGCAGCACAACCUCUCCGCUCGCCUGGAACCUCCCAUAACAGUCGUCGAGGACAUCGACAAACUGCGUGCGGACGUCGUCGGUGGCCGCUACGUCGUCCUCCUCCACGACUGUGACGGCGCCGUCUCCGACCACCCACCAUCCGACGAGGCCGUGUCCCCCACAGCGUACCAGGACAACUCCUGGUCAUUGAGUCCGUCAACAGCAAGAAACGAUGACGUGUCAGGAGCGUCGAAGGUUGUGGGUGACACGUCGCCGACGAGCGUUGAGUGCGAGACGAGUGACGAAGUGUUGUUCGAGGCCUGGGUGUGGAGAGGAUCUGACGUCGUGUUUGUCUUCGACUUCGGGGACGGCCAGAUCGAACGUGUCGACGCCGUGCUCAACGAGAGGUCGAUGCCUACAGCGAUCGUGGCCCAUCGCUACGCCAGAGGAGGAGCGUUCGGGGUGUCCGUGACGGCCAGCAACCCGCUGGGCAACGUGAGCUGCGUGAUCGAUCGGCGGCUCCACGUCCAGCGGAGCCCCCGCGGACUGUCCCUGGACCGGCCGUACUACGUCGCCCGGGUCGGCUCGGCGCUCACGUUCGGCGCCGCGCUGGAGCGAGGCACCGACGCCUCCGUCUCGUGGACGCUCUCCGACGGGGUCCUCGCCAGUGGCCGCACGGGAUGGAACUUCACUCAUCUGUUCGAGCGGCCCGGCACCUUCGACCUGUUCGCCGAAGCGAGCAACUUGGUCGCCCGAGAACUCGCUCUGCCGCGCCCGAACGCGACGGCCAAGGUCCACGUUCAGGAACCGCUCCAAGACAUGGACCUUUGCCUCCUGCUGUCGGAGGGUGAGGUGUGUGCUCCCGCCGACCUGACUCUUCCACUUGAAGACAAGAUGAUGCUCCGAGCCACAGCGCAGCCCGAGACGGAGAAGAUGGUCCGGUUCUUGUGGUCUAUAGGCAGCGAGGAGGUCUACGCCACUUACGACGGACACAUACUGCUGGGCCUCGAUCAUCCGGGAACCUACUUGGUGAACGCGACGUGCCAGAACCACGUGAGCUACGUGUCGUCCGCUCCGUUGCGCCUGGACCUCGUUCAGCGGGUGGGCAACGUCACCGGGAUUCGGCACUCGGGCUCCGUGCUGGUGGGACGCGUCAGCCGCUUCCAGGUGCUCUUCUGGUUCGGCUCCAACCUCACCUUCCUCUGGGACUUCGGAGACGGGAGUCCAGCCACGCUGGACGUGGUUCCACAUGCCGAGCACGUCUACAAUAGAACUGGCAAAUACAGGGUGCAGGUGACUCUUCAGAACGCUUAUAGCCGGGCGGAGUUCGAAACGAACGUGUUUGUCCUGGAAAAACCGUGUGACCAGCCGGUGAUCAGCAUGUACAGUGUUGAAGAGGCACGUUAUGAUCAGGACAUUCACAUCGAGACUGACGUGAGCACGUCGUGUUCGGCUUCGAACAAAGUGAAGUACUCUUGGACGAUUUGGAAACGUUCAUCGACCGGGAUGAUCGUCGUUCCCAUCCCUGUGAUCAGACUGGGCAAGGAUCUGCACCUUCCCGCGAGAUCACUCCUCCCCGGAGAGUACGUCGCUUCGCUCAAGGCUGAGAUGCUGAACAGCGUCGUUUACAAAACAGAAAACAUCACAUUCCACAUUAUCAAACCUCCUGCUGAAGUCCUUAUUCAAGGUGGUAUCUGGCGAAUGAUUGCAACAUCAAUGAAUGCAUCCCUUGAAGCCAAUUUCAGUGCAGACAUCGAUUGGUCUCAGCUAAGCUGGGAAUGCAGCAGACUUGGCUCUAAUUCACCCUGCUUUGAAAGCAUGAGUCCCUUCUUGCCGGCAACUAAUAUGAGCACGUUAACAUUUCCCACUUCGUAUCUCCAUGGACAUCUUGGGACAUAUUUAUUUCGCUCAACUAUGAGUCAUGAUUCAUCAUCAACAUCUGCUGAAGUGGUUCUCGACAUGUCUCAUGGAUUCUCUCAUGCCCGUACUUUCUACAUCACGUGUGAAUCCUGUGACGGUCACUCGGUAAAUGGUGAAAAGAAACUGUUGCUACAAGCAGCUUGCAUAGACUGUGGCACUGACAGUGACUUUGAGUAUGCCUGGAAGCUUUGGCAUGUACUCGAUGGGAAUCAUAGGUUUCUUCUCGGUGAUGGAAGAUGUGUAGAGCCCGAUGGUACAACAUUCUUACUACUGUCCAAAGACACCAAGAAUGCCAAAGAGCCAUCUGAAAAUAGCCCUCCUGAUGUCAAGGAGGAGAAAGGGGAUGUAUUUCCUCCCUUUCCUGCUAUUUUGGGACUUACCGAUGAACAGACAAGACUUCAGAAAGGUUAUUAUGGUGGGUUCGGCUUCUUGGCAUCUGAAAAAGAGUCUUCAAAAGUCUUCCCAAUUCUGCUCUCGUCUAGUGAAAAGUUUGACAUCAGAAAGAACUCAAGUUUCAUCUUUGGAAGACAAUCUUAUCUGGAUGACAUCAAGGAAGGUCCCACAGGAGAACUGGGAAGUGCAAGGUCUCGUAACCAGCGCAUCUAUUUUUCGAGACCCUUUUAUGGUACUGAAAGAAGUCAAUUGGGAGCUUUGAAUGUUCAUCAAAGGAAACAGCCGGCAUCUUUGGGAUUACUGCAAGCUCGUCGGGUCAGAAGCACUGGUGAAGCAUCUCCGAAAUAUGUUUCGAAGGUCUUACAAACCAUGCGGUACCCUAGAGUGAUGGUUGACAUUGGUCCUAGUGUCUCAACAAGAUCAGCCCCACAUUGGCUUACUUUGCAUCCUGGGGUACUUCGGGUUGGAUCCACAUACUUGGCUCAAGUCAGCAUUUUUCAAAAAGGUACAAGUGCUCUGCUGGGUGAAACCAUGCAGCGACUUGAAGUCGCCGUAGGCCCCCUAAACGGCCGCUGCACUGUGACGCCCACCUCUGGUGUUGCACUGGAGACAGUGUUCCGCCUACACUGUAUGGAAUGGAAAGGUGCUCAUCCUCCAUUCCUCUAUGAACUGAGCUACAGCCUGAAACCCAACGGACCGAACAAAAUUGUGUACAGCGGAUUCCGACCAUGCAUCCGCUUCUGGCUACCUCCUGGAUGGAACUCGCAGAGAGGCAUUGUAUAUUUGAAAGUCGUCGUGAGAGACAGCAGGGGAGUGGGAACCCAAGUGUGCUCCAUUGAAACUGAAGUCGCAGCGCCCAGGCUCAGUACAUCGCUCGCCAAUUACUUGCGAAAUAUUACACUACAUCCACGGUCGAAGUUGGCCCAACUCAUCGGUGAACAGAAUCAUCAAGCGGCUUUGAAUCGAAUUCAUGUCAUCCUCCACAUGUUGAAAAAUGUCAGAGCGGUUGGAAACCAUCCAAAUGGAUCAGGAACUACGGUCAAAAAAAGAAUCUUCAAAUUUACCCUGGAGACCCUCCAUUAUGUGCACCUGUUCGAUUCGUUCGCAACAAAAAGUUUGCUGCUCACACUGGGAGUGGUGCUGGAACCCCCGUUUCAAGGAGAGGAAUCCGACCUUGGAAGGGCUGCAGAACUGUUACAAUCCAUUGUGCAAUUUCCGAGACCAACGACUGCCAUCUAUAAGUUUUUCGCGCCAACGACCACCGAGAUUAUCAACAUCAUGGGAACUCUUAUAAAGCUGGCUCAAGAAGCAGGCAGACAUGACUGGCAUUUUCUGCUCAUGUGCAACCUGAUCCUCCAUUCGACACUCAAGGUGUCUCUGCAGGAGGACUGUGCUCCAAAUAAAGCAAUUCAAUUUUCAUCACCGUGGGUGUCGGUAGCAUCCGUAUGUUCGUCAGCAAGGACGUCACCUUUGAGGAUUCACUCAGAAUGGAAUACUGUUACUUUGCCUCCAGCAUCCUCAGACGACCACAGGAGGUUUACUGACACAUCUAGGAAUUGUGACAUCACUUCCGUGUAUUCAUUUCCUUAUAUGCCAUUCAAAGCUCCUCCAUCAUCACAUGCAUAUCCUGUGCCACACACAUCAGUAUUUACUGUCAUUCUUAACAGAGUCGAUUCUGCUUCUCAGAAAGAUUGGAUUACAUUGCUUUUCAAAAGGACACCAGCAAACAAUCGAGUCAACAAGGCAAUAAAACCAGCUUUUCUGCUUCAGCCAGGCCUUGCAAACAAGCAUCUGUUGAAUGUCACCAGGACCCUGUUGGGGUAUUCUUUAUACAUCAAGAUUUCGUUUCGCCAACUGUCUGGACCCUUAGGAAUACAUCUGAGCUCUGGAGGAUACAUUGAGGACGUGAAUGGUGCAAGAGUCAUUGUGCAAGAUAAUGGCAAUGUUGAGAUUUUUGUUCCUGAGAGAACAAUGACAGCACUUGGGACAUAUUACCUGAUCAUCGCUCAGAAGCCACAAAUGAACAAACGCUGGAAAGUGACCUAUGGAGAUAGAGACAUACCAUAUGACAUAAAAGGAUUUUGGCAAAGAUGCAUGCAGUACAUACCAGAUGAUCACCAAUGGAACACCACGGGCUGCUUUGUCAGAAGCUCCACAAAUGAAAAAUAUGUUCAUUGCCAAUGUGUGGGUUCUACAGUUGUAACAAUGAACACAAUUCCCCUGCACCCAAACGUCACAAAGGUUCACACACAAAGUCUGUUUGCUCGACCAGUCAACGGACCUGUCAUCAUGUUUGUCCUUGUCAGCUUCUUGGCUUACGGUGUCUUGGUUGCUCUCUUUCACAAGAACCAGCAAUCCUCUCAUAAAUCGAGACACAUAGUUUCCCUAGAGCCUUGUUUGUCCACUGCUCGCCAUCUUUACUUGGUCAUUGUGCGCACUGGGCCAUACUUUUGUGCAGGAACAUCGGCAAUGGUGUCUCUUCGCUUGCACGGGGAAAAUGAAAUGUCGACACCCAAGGAGCUUUUGGACCCCAAUGGAGGAUCACAGUUAUUUCAGAGAGGUUCUAGUGAUGCCUUUCUUAUCAGUACAGGCAAGGGGCUAGGGAAACUCUGGAAGUUGGAGGUCUGGCACAACAAUGCAGGACUGUCUCCAUCGUGGUUCUUACAGGAUAUCUCUGUGAUGGAUCUACAAACAGAAGUUGUUUCACACUUCAUUUUUAACCAAUGGCUUUCUGUGAGUGAUGGAGAUGGCACAAUUGGAAAGGAGGUACCAGUGUCUCCAGCAGAGCAAAGCUUAUUCAAGGAACUCACAAACAACCUGUUGUCUGCAUUCAGUGAGCACCACCUUUGGAGCUCAGUUCUGGCUGCUCCCAGAUGCAGCCUGUUCUCACGCAUCCAGAGACUCACAGUGUGUCUGUCUACGGUCUUCUCAUCAUCUGCCCUCUGCACCCUCUGGGUGUGCUUUGUGGUGCCUGAGCCAUCGACGCAGAACGUCAUCACUGGGAUUUCUGUGUGGAGGAUUCUCCACGCCAUCGGUUUUUCGCUCGUGGUUCAUGCUGUGCAUCAGGUGCCGGCUGUAAUCUUCCGAAACAGCACAUGCACCAUUAUUCCCACCAAGCUUCUUGCACAGUGCUGGCAGCUGGUGAACCGCAUUCCAGGAUCGAUUUGCCGAGUCGGCAAGAACUCCUCGCGAAGUGCCGGAAGUACAAUCGAGGGAUCGACAACCAGCUUCGGUGAUGGCGACGAAACCGACUCCUUAUCAUCGUACGAAAGCAUGUCUCUGUAUGGAACGAGUCUGAACGCAGAGUCCGAGAAGGGUUCAGAGGCUUUGGACUCCAGCUUUUAUUCGAGGAGCCCUCUGUCUCCGCUGGAGGCAACCCUGGUGCAGUGGCAGGAGAUCGAGGUCUGGGCUCGUAGAAAACGGGAGCAGAUUCAUCAUCUGGUUCAUAGCAUCAGUCAGUUGAGUCUCCACCACACCCUUCAAGGUCUUCCGGAAAAGUGCCUUGCUACUGGUGAUACUUCAGUGCGUAGCCCCGGCCCCAGUGGAAGUGGCUACCUCCCUGAAACGGCAUGCAGAGUGCCUUCACUCGAAGACAGCUGUGUCGUCCUGCCCUCUUGGGUGGGGCUCAUUGGAUGGCUGGUUGAAGCAGGCGUCAUUGUGUGCUCCGUGUAUGCGCUCAUAGCCUACAGUGAAAUGUUUUGGGUACUUUCAAACAUCCUCUGUUUCGAGCUCAUCAUUCUCACCAUCCUAUCGUCUGUAUUCCUGGUAUACCCACUUCAGGUCCUUGUGAUCUCCCUUUACUUCACCGCACAGUCGUGCCUUCGACCAUUCGGUGCCUUCGUCGUGCUGCGAUGCAGAUGUGACGCCGCACUCAGGCGGCUUGUGAAGGAUCUUUGUGGCUCCACAAAGAAACGCGAAGCUGGUUCAAGGCCCAACUUUCACACCCUGGAGCCCAGAAAAUCAGCGGCUCUGAACUACCUCCGCCACCCCUCGGAAUAUUCCCUCAUCCAGGCGAGGAAACGGUUCCUACUUACCGCUGAAGCCACAGAGGCUCUCCGGUAUUGUACAGUAUGUCUUAUGUUCAUGGCUGUUCUGCUGAUGGCAGCAUUCUGUGGGACAUCAGAACUGCACUAUCGUCAACACAAGAGCAUUGCCAAUUUGUUUAGAAGGCCAGAUCAUGUCAGCAAGCAGAGUAUGAAGGAUAAUGUUUUGUUUUUGACCCAGAGUGUGCUCCCAUUGCUAGGCGGCAAUGAAUCUGUUAAGCUUCUUCUCCAAACUGGCAGCUAUUGCAUUGUGCCGUUCAAACUUUUUCUUGCUCGAGAGUUUCCUGAUGAGCUGCAACAGAACUGCCAGCACUCCUGUGGCCAAAAUGGCUGCUUUGACAACUUCUGUCGCACGUCAUUAGAAAGAUUGCAAAACAAACAUCUCGGCACCAUCAAGGGCGUGAUGCUACAGUUCGAGCUGUAUAACCCAGCAUUGGAAUUUAUCAGUGCAGGGAGAUUCACUAUUGAAGCAAACGUUGGCAUUCAUGCGCAUUUGAAGCUACACAUCUGUCGUGUUCAUCACGCUGCCUUGACUCAUGGGAAUCUGACUAAGGUGCUGAUUCUCCUCAUGAUUCUCUGCAACUUCAAAACUCUGAUUUGGAAGUCUAUGAAAGGGAAGUGGAUGGCAUAUUUGCAGUUUUGGAAUCUGAUUGAGGUCAUCUUUUGCAUUACUGGCCUCUGCUACAUAGCUUGCUGUCUUGCUGAGUUUGUGGCCCUAGAAAACCUGCUUGGGCAUGUGCAUCAUAAAGGGAUGAACAUUUUUGAGUUUUCUCUGGUUCUCGUCAUGUGGCAACAUGUCUCAAGGACUUUGCUUGGAUUCUUGAUUUUCAUCAACACAUUGAGCUUGUUGAGGGUGUUCUACAUAAUUAAACAGUCAUGGAUAUUUCAGUUCAUCAGCAUCAUCAGCAGAGUAUGGAAGGAAUCGGCUUGUUUGUGUGUGUGUUGGAUGGUGAUCCUGGGAUCCGGCUCUUUUCUGAGUCAAGCCAAGUUUAGAGCAGGAGUUGUUCAUCUUACCUCCACAAUCUUCAGAGGAAUUGCAUCAUCCUUUGGUCUGGUCAGCCAAGUCACCAUGGUUUAUCCUUGGAAUCAUGUUGGGGAGCUCCUUCAAAUUGGGACCUGGAUCUUUGGAACAACUGUCACAUUUGCUGCGGUGAAAGCAUUGAAUAUUCAACAGAAGAAAGUCUUCAAACAUAGGUCUUUUGAUGGGAUGAACAUCAGGCUCUUGGUGAUGGGAUUGAAAGAAAGGCUCAGCAUCUUGUUUGGGAAGAGCAUUUACGGACAGGUACCUUCAGGAGACUGCAGGAAACUUCAUGGUGAAUUUUUGCUCUUUGAACUGGAAAAACUGAUGGAUGAACUGGUGCAAAAAGCUGAUCAGCUAUUUCCACAGUGCUCUAUUGAUGCCUUCACAGAAUCAACAUUGGCAUGUAAUCCAAAUUGGGCUCCACUUAACGAAGAUGGGGGAGCCUCAAGUUCAAGCCUCAGCCAUCCAAUCUUCGAGGGGUGUGAUCUACUAAAGACAGGGAAUGGUGGCCGGAACUCAAGCCCUAACUCAAUCUACCUUGCAAGCAGUUCGGAGAAAUCCAUGGAGCACAGACAUGUUGAGCAUCGCAGUGCGUUCCACAGAAGGCGACGAGUCCUCGACUUACACAGGACAGCGCUCAAGGUUUCAAAGAAAAGCCAAGCUCAGAUGUCAAAGCAGUCUCUCAGACAAAAGACGACAGCCAUAAGGGGAUCACUCUCAGAACUCUCAUCCUCCUCUUCGAGCUCCCUUCAGAGGGCGAGGAGGCAGAACGAAAGGUUAGCGCACUUUAGACAGCUGAGAACCAAAUCGCGAGAAAAGGUACAUAAUGGAAAUGUCAGGACCGUUUGGGAUGACCGUGUCUUGGCCUACCUAAAGGGAUAGCGGUGUUACGCUCACAUGGCGAGGCUGCCGUAUAAAACGUACAGUACUUAAAAAGUUUGGCAAAGUUUGCUGAGGGAGAAUACGAAGACGAUAAAACUGCUUGUCGUUGAGCUUCAACUUUGAACAUAAUGCACAUAUAUUUUUCACUGCUCAUAGCUCUAACUUCACAAGGUUGUGAUGAGGCGUGUUUAACUACACGUAUACAGAAGGGUUGAGAUGUAUAAUAUUCGUUGCUUAGCAACAGUGUGAAUAUGUUGUGUCAUUACGUUCAUAUGGUUUGUUUCAUCAAUAAACAUUGUUUCAUCAA